AUGUCCAACAACGUCAUCACAUUCACCCCCCGCGAGAUGGAGGUCCUCGCACUGGCCUGGAAAUGCAUGGAGACUCAACCCAAGGUGGACAUGAACAAGCUGGCCUCCCUCACGGGCUACACCCCCGGCAGCGCGAGCGUCACCUUCGGCAAGAUCAAGCAGAAGAUCAGGCUCGUCGGCGACUCCCUCUCCUCCGCUGGUCCUGCUCCGCCUAAGAACGGUUCUCGCGCCAAAGCCACACCGUCAACUACGCCUAGGAAACGCAGCAUGCUGUCCGCCAGCACUCCGCCCUCUGCCAAGAAGUCCAAGCAAGUCCAGCUCGACGACGACGAUGUGGAGGACGAUGACGAGGACUUCCGUGUUGCACGCGUCAAGCGUGAGAUCAAGCGUGAGCCAGAGAUGGAUUUCGAGGAGUUUGGCUUGUGUGCUUUGGAUGGUGGUUCGGGCUCGCGCUCUGCUGCUGUUCGUUCGCCUGGUGGCAAUGGUGGUUUCCUCGAUGGGAUUGAGAAGUACGCCUGGGUCUGA